ACCCUGUGAACUUGACACAAGCUGGUACAACACAAGAAGUAUUAUUAGGUUUCAUUGUAAAAUAGAGCCUGUAUUUAGUUCUUAUAUAAAAAUGAUGUGAAAACAGUACUAUAUCACUCAAAACAACAACCUAGUAAACAGAGGAUGCAUUCAGGUCCUGGUAAACUCACUGAAGUUAACAAAUUGACCUAAUAUGAAGGGACGAACCAACAAUAACACUAAAUGUUAUAUAUUUAUGAGUAACUAUGCAAGUAACCACAAACGUGCGCAAUGAAUUUAUAGCAAUGCUAUUACUCAUGGAAAAAUGGAAACAGGAACAAAAUUAGCUUGCUUUUUAUGAGACUAGAAAAUGACAUUUCCUCGAAAAUAUUCUGUUGUAGUACCACACUUGGACGUAAUUGACCAAGUAUUAUCCUGUAAGGCUUAUGAAUGUACAAUCAUUAGUGCUGAGUGAAACAACAAUUGAAACCAAACCUUCACCCACAAUUUGAGGUCGAUCAUAUGGACUGUAUAUAGCCAUUGUGCUACUUCCAAACACAAACUUUAAUUUAAAAAAAACCACAAGUGUCUUUGGGGCCCUAACAGUUCCCUAUGUUAGGAAAUAUGACAAAGCUUUCAAUUGACCAAUGCUACUCAUUAUUCAUCCCUUGUUUCCUUUCAACGUAGAGAUAGAGCCCACAUCCUUUCCAAGUUAUCCACUUUCAGAUUCAUAGUUGAUUUAUGGAUAUUAAAACCUUAUUAACUGAAAUCCAACUACAAACAAUAUAAAGAAAACGACACCCCGUCGAGAAGAAACACAAACAGAGGAACUAUAUAAUUCCGAACAACGAUGCAGAUAGUCAAUCAGUAUUUGUUAGACUUCAUUAAGCAGAAAUAGUUAAACCCAAAAGGAACAGGAAAGCGUGAAAAGGUUAAAAAGAAGAGAAGAAACGAGAAAAAUAGAAUAUUUGUCCAUUCAGAAUGAAAUGGGAUGUAACUGCAUGCAAUGAACAUUGACAGAGGCAUUGGUAAUGCAAACUUGUAAACAAGAGAUAUUUAUUUUGUCAACUUCGGAAAUAUACCUUGAUACAAGCUCAAACAAAAGGGCCCAAUACAUAUACUCUAUUUUCCAAAAUGAGGUCUAAAAAGGUGCAGCCUCUAUCAUUCCUAGCGGAAAAACCCUACCCAAAACUCCAAUAUAUUCACUGCAUAUGAAGCAGUUCCCAUAUGUUUGGCGAUUGUGCCAACAUCAGUUCCUAAUCCAUAUACACUCCUUUUUGCGUCUAAAAUAACUCAGACCCUUUUAAAUGCGCCUAUCGGACUCGUAACCCUCAUCCAUGAAAAUUCAUUUUCUCUACUAAUCAUAAUGUCCCAUCUAAAACCAUGCCUCAUGAACUGUCCAGAUUAUUUGAAAUUUAUAGCAAAAAAAAGAUUAUUUUCAAAGUUCAAGAGCAUUCAUGAAUCCCUUGAGGCUCUUCUAAAAUUAGAGAGGUCAUAGAAUACCAAGUUUCUGUCCAUAUUGCCACUUGAAUUUCUCAGGGGUGCAUUCUUGUUUGCAGAAAAAUCAACCUUCCGCAAAACAGGCUCCCACCCCACAAAAGUCUUACAUGGUAAUUACAAAUAGUUGUGGCAAGUUGAAUGCUUACAAAGACAGAAAAUGCCAAAGACACCUACGCCACAAAAUGGCAAGGGCUCAGUAACUUCUCAGGUCUGAUACCCAUUCUAAUAUUCCUAAAUUUAAAACAAAAUAUGGAUAUAUGCAUUUACCUUUAAAACAUACCUCACUGCCUGUAUCUUGAGCACCAUUAAACUCCAUAAACUAUUAACUUGGAUAAUGAAGAACUACGACAUAUAGCAGGUACAUAGCGCACUAAGCCUAAGCGCAAAUAUUUAUAGAGUACAAAGAAAUCAAUGGGAGAAAGUAAUCCAGAAUUUCCACAAAGUAAUAAAAACUAAGAGGAUGUACAGAAGGGUUAGUUUUCAAGUAAAGAUUUGCAAAAAUUUCCAUGAAGACAGCUCGUGUGGACACAUGCGACAGAAUAGCACAAUCCAGAGCUCUUCUUAUGACACCCCAUUGAACAUACCAACGCUUAAAUCUUCAAAACCUACUGUCUCGGUCAAAAGAUCAUUCUUUGACAAAUGGUUUCUCUCCAAAAGAUUGCAGUAUACUUAUUUCAUGAAACCCCCUAUCCAUUGUUUGUAAAAGCUUUUACCAGAGAAACUUAUAAUCAAGACACUCAGUAUAAGGUGAAACCCAUUUCAAAUUUCAUACAAUAACUACACCUUUACCCGAUGAGCUUACAUCAUAAGUCAGCCAGAACACAGAUCAUUAUUUCAAUUCAAAUAAGGCAUGACUUUUAUAACAGUAUCCUCCCAAUUCUAUUUUCCUAUCCUAUUAGUUUUAUUAAGAAUUCGGUUUUUCCAACAUAAAUAAAACGGAUAGAAUGGAUGAUUAAUACAAUGGGCAAUUAUUAAUAAACUAAAACAAACUACAAAUAAUAUCAAGAAUAUGCAAUUCAACAGAAAAACUAAGCCAAGCUGAAAGUCCCAAAGCUCAAAUGAAAAAAAGAACACACAAAAUAGGGAAAACCGCAGCAUAUUUUCAAAAUAACAGGUUGAGAAAUAUCAAUUCCAAUCAAAAAAAUUCCACCGCCAUAUAAGCCAAAACAAAGUUACCUUAGGUGAGAAAGAGCAGGAAACGCUAGAAUUUGGAUGGGUGGUAAAGACACGUCUGGAACCAUAUAAUGAAACAUUCUGCUGCGAAUUAUGGCCACGAUUGUUGAUUAAUAACGAACAUCUUGGCGAAUUAACUGAUAACGAAUUCAGAGAGCACUCCAUUGAUGAAGCUUCCACUGUUCCUUGGAAAUGCAGGAUGAGGAAAACCAAAUGAUCGAUCUCUUUAUAUAUAUAAUUUUUUUUUCGGGUUUUUAAAUGGUUUUUCUCUAAUUUUUCGUUUCGAUGAUUUCCACGAAUGCUGAUAAGAAUGCUAGUCCAUUUUCUCUCGGUCGUGACGAAAUAAAAUUAGAGACUAGAGAGGUAAAAGUAUUUUCACCUUUGACUGCGAGGUAAAUUUUUGAGGGAAGGUUAAAUAACAUGGUAAAAGCGUCUCAUAAACCCCAAAGUUUUGGCAUCACUAAAACCCCCUUUUCUAACUCUUACACAUUUGAAGCAGCUCUUCAAUUCAACAACAAUGGCGAAUCGACGCUGUUUUCAAACCCUAGUUACCCGUUACCUCCCCCAUAUUUCUUCUCAUCCUCAGACAGCAUUUCUUCAUCCCAUUUCCAGGUUAGUGCGUACUCAAUUCGAUGGAAUCCCCAAUCUAAACCCGAGUGAAACCUCCAUUUCAAUUCCCUCCAAAUUUCCAUCCACGUUUUCGUCGUUCUCUCGCCACUUCUGCUCUAAUUAUCGGGGUAAUGAUGGUGAAGAAAAAGAAGAAGAAGACGACGAUGACGACGAUGAUGAUUACGAAGGAAGUGAUGUUGCGGAUAAUGAGAUUGAGGAUGAAGAAAGGGGAAAUGUGAGUGGCAAAUCCGACGAACAGAAGGCUCAGGAGGCUGAGGAGAUUGGAUAUAAAGUAUUAGGACCGCUUCAGAAAUCUGAUCGUGUUUUCAAACCCUACGAGCCCGUUUUUGCUGUUAUUCAGAUUGGAUCGCACCAGUUUAAGGUCAGCAAUGGGGAUAGUAUUUUCGUCGAAAAGUUGAAGUAUUGUGACGUGAAUGAUAAGUUAAUUUUGAACAAGGUCCUCAUGUUAGGCUCGAAGGCUCAGACAAUCAUCGGUAGGCCAGUAGUGCCUGAUGCAGUUGUUCAUGCUGUCGUCGAAGAGCAUGCAUUAGAUGCUAAAGUUCUCAUAUUUAAGAAGAAGAGGAGGAAGAACUACAGAAGAACAAAAGGUCAUAGGCAGGUAAGUUAGAUGCUUUGGCCUAGUGGUUAAGUGUCAGGUUUCAUUAUAGUUAGUCUUUUUUGCCACAAUAUCAUUCUUAAAUUCAAGGGGAAUACUCAUACGAUAUUUUACCUUCAAGUUUCUUUCUUUGUUUAGGAACUGACAAAGUUGAGGAUAACCAAUAUUCAAGGAAUUGACAAAACUGAUAUAGUACCAGUUAUGAAUAUGGAAGAGAAAGUUAGCUAGAAGGUGCAGAAGACAAUGGUUUCCUCUUAAUGAAAUUUUGGCAUGGACCUGCUUAAAGAUUCUGUAAUGCUAGCAUAUGUCGACCCUACCUUAAGUUCUCAACCAGCUAUUGUAAUCUCCUCUUUUUUCACUUGUUAUGUUCUGUUGAGAGUCAGCGGAGUUGGGAUUGAUUGUGAAAAAUAUUGUUGAAGUAGGAAAGCUGUAUUUUAUGAAAGAAUAAAUUAAUCUCUAUUUUUCGUGGCAUUUUGGGGAUCUUUAUACUCUUUUAAGUAGCUGACUUUAUACCCUUUCAAAUUACAGAAAAAAAAAAUAACGAGCUAAGAUAUUUCAAUGAAC